AUGGCAGAAGCACUGAACUCUCAUUCUGCUGGAAAGGGUUUAAUAAGACGGCUUUCCAACCGUGCGAGCAAGUUCGCCAGCAGGACCCGACGUCAGUCUGCGGCGGCACCUAUGAGACGGGAAGGAAGCAUAGGUCCUGGAAUUCUCCGACGCAGAAGUGACAGCACCAACACAGCCCCGGCGGCGGAAUCCGUGCUGCUGACGGACUCUGACGAUGAAUUUCACGAUGACAUGAACGAGUUCAACAACUCGAUCCUUGGCGCAGAGAGUAUGGUACGAAAUUUCUCUUCAGGAAGCGCCGCACCGUCGCUAGCGGGAUCAGCAUCAUUUGCAGAUGUUCCUACCGGACCUGUCGUGCCCAUGGCGUUGGUGAAAGGAACUCAUCUUCUUAAGGUAUCCAAGAAGAAAAAGAAGCGGCUGCUCUUCACACUCGAAGCAGCUGCAGGCAGAAUAAUUUGGGAGAAAGGUCGUUCUACUAAGUGCAUCUAUAUCGACGACAUCAAGGAGGUCAGGAUAGGUUCCGACAUCCGGCAGUAUCGGAUUGACUCCGGUAUCCCCGAACCCGACGAGGGGCGCUUCUUUACUAUCUUUUACGCAGUUCCUGACAAAUCUAGGAGCAAGACAAUGCACUUGAUCGCCGAAGACGAGGAGACAUUCGCGCACUGGGUUAAUGCCCUAGACUUGAUAUCCAAGCACCGAGAAGUGCAUAUGGCCUCGUUAAUGGCCUUUAACGACAACGCCAUCCGCGAAUAUUGGAAUGGUGAGAUGACGAAACAGUUAGAGAACAAGCAACACACGCCUGCUCGAGAGGAAAUGGACUUAGCUGGCGUUGAACGUGUUUGCAGAAAUCUCCACAUCCACAUGGCUCCGAGGGACCUUCGUGCCAAGUUUGCCGUUGCUGACACCACCACGUCUGGUCGACUAAACUUUUCCCAGUUCCAAGCAUUUGUUCGCGAGAUGAAACGGAGAGAAGAUAUCCGACUACUGUAUUUCAAGCUGGCCUCGGAUGCAGAGCGGGGAAUCACCUUCGCAGAGUUUAUGCGAUUCCUGCGGGAUGAACAAUGUGAAGAAGUCGAUAGCAAUCCCAACUUCUGGGAGAAUAAGUUCCUUCGUUGGGCUCGCCGGGCCGGCGGAUCUAGGACGGAGACGUCGUCGCUUCAUCGUCUUGACAAGGACUCGGUCACGAUGAAUGAACAAGCCUUCGCGGCCUAUCUGACAUCAAAAGACAAUUUUCCGCUUGUCCGCCCGCCGUCUGAAUAUUCGCUCGACCGACCUUUCAAUGAGUAUUUCAUCUCCAGCUCUCACAAUACUUAUCUCGUAGGUCGUCAGAUUGCAGACAUCGCCUCCAUCGAGGGUUAUAUUUCUACUCUUGUUCGUGGUUGCCGUAGCGUUGAGAUUGAUUGUUGGGAUGGGUCUGAGGGUCAGCCGAUAGUCAAGCACGGGUAUGCGAUGACGAAUGCCAUCUCAUUCCGUGAAGUGAUCAACACCGUCAACAAGUACGCCUUUGUCGCGAGCCACUUUCCGCUUUGGGUAUCCCUCGAGGUCCACUGCAAUGCACCGCAGCAAGAGGUAAUGGCCGACAUUAUGAAGGAGAUAUUCGGUUCUCGCCUGGUCACUGAACCUUUAGAUCCAUCCUCGAAUACGCUCCCAUCGCCUUCGGAACUAAAAGAAAGGAUCCUGAUCAAGGUGAAGGGAACACAUCGAGGCGCGACACGCAACGGUGGCGAGACCACUACAGGUCGUCGACGCGGAAACAGCUUAACCUCUCCUUUCUCGAAGCCGGUGUCCUCUGACAACGCUUCUAUCCCAGCUCAAUUCUUGUCGAGCCCGCUCCUGGGCCCUACCGCUCAACCCCAGCGCGGAACGCCAGCAAAACGCAUAGACACUAUUAACGAGGGCGAGGUGCAUGAUACAGUCAGUAGCAGCACGAGUGAAUGCGACAGCGAAGAAGAGAAACGUGGCAAGCGGAAGACUAGUAAGAUUGUCAAGAGUUUAGGCGAGCUCGGUGUCUACUGUAGUGGCGUCAAGUUUCACGGCUUCGAAUCGGCGGAGUGCAAGAAGAGCAACCAUAUCUUGUCUUUUAUGGAAGGUACAUUUAGGAAGCACUCCAAAGCGUCGGAUUCCAAGCUUGCUUUGGCCCGCCAUAAUAUGCGUUAUAUGAUGCGCGUAUAUCCCCAGUAUUCCCGCUUAUCAUCUGACAACUUUAACCCUUUGAUGUACUGGCGGAGGGGCGUGCAGAUGGCUGCACUCAACUGGCAGACCUUCGACCUUGGCAUGCAAUUGAAUCAAGCCAUGUUCAAUGGAGGCACUGAUCAAUCCGGGUACGUCCUAAAGCCCGCGUCGAUGCGCGAGAUACGCAUUCUCCCCGACGGUCUCCCUGCAGAAGCCAUCGGCAAAUUGGAACGCCAAAAUAUGUCCUUUGACAUCAACAUAAUCUCGGCGCAGCAACUUAUUCGCCCCUCAAGCCUAGCUUCUAACCGCACUCUUGACCCUUACGUUGAGAUUGAAAUCUUCCAUACUAACGAUAAGCGGGAUAAGCACGACAGCAUGGCGGGUAUACCUAUUCUUACGGACACUCCGCUCAAAUCUUCUACAUGCAUCGUGAAGGAAAACGGAUUCAAUCCCAUUUUCAACCACAAGGCUCAUUUCAACGUUACGACCAAACAUCCUGAAUUACUCUUUGUUAGAUUCAGCGUCAAGCUGGCUACUGACGGUGAAUAUUCGUCCGGUCGCAGUGCCAUUAUUGCGACUUACACAGCCAAACUUGAAAGUCUUAAACAGGGUUACCGAACAUUGCCGUUGUUAGAUUCCAACGGGGACCAAUACCUCUUCUCGACUUUGUUCUGCCAUAUCAAAGUUGACCCUACGACCAGCGUCUACGUAUCAAAAGCGCGCGAGAGCAACGGUGGUGAAGCUGCAGUCGGCAAGUUAAAGCAUAUCGGACGAAACGUCUUCUAUAGAUCGACUGCAAACAGCACAAAAUCGAGCUUCGAAAAAAGCAGUGUCGAUGGUGACACGCAGCCACACCUCAUGUGA